AUGGCGCAAACACUGCCACCCCGAGCCGGAAAGGUGGAUCUUUCCAAGAAACUCUCAGAGUUGCGGUCAAGCAACGGCCGAUCCCGGAACUCCUCAUCUCGUGAUUCAGCCCCAACCACCCCUCCUUUGCCUUCGCCGCCAGACCUCUCCGCCCAACAGUACACCCGUCCCGUCCGCCGCAUUCUUUCCCCGAAAGACCAUGACCUCUUUCUUGCUUCACCCACAUACAACCUGGUUCUAGCAUUUGUUCUCGGCCUUUCCGAUUCUGUCAGAGGCCGCCCAAUCCCAGACCAGACCAACCCCGAUUCCGAUGCCAUCUCCAAGAUCCUCAGCGUUGUUGGGCAACUCCGGGCCCUUGUAGAGAAACACCCCGCUUUGGACCAGGGUGGGUCACGAUUUGGCAAUCCUGCAUUCCGCACCCUUUUCGACGACGUCGCCACUCAGAGCCCGACAUGGCACACCGACAUCCUUGGGAUGGCAGACACUGCCGCGAUCGACGAGGCGUCCACAUACUUGAUCCACUCACUAGGCUCCAAAGACCGAAUUGACUACGGAUCGGGUCAUGAGCUGAAUUUUAUGAUGUGGCUGCUUAGCCUUUACCAGCUGGGUCUGCUACCAAAAACAGAUUUCCCGGCCGUGGUCUUCAAGGUUUACCUCGAGUAUGUGCAUCUCAUGCGCGACAUCCAAUCGACAUACUACCUGGAACCGGCUGGAUCCCAUGGUGUCUGGGGUCUGGAUGACUAUCACUUCCUGCCGUUCUUGUUCGGGGCCAGCCAACUGGUGGAUCACCCUUAUAUUACACCAUUGGGGAUCCACAACAAUGCAUUACUGGAUGAAGAGGGGGACAAGUACCUGUAUCUGGAUCAGGUGCGGUGGGUGGACAGCGUUAAGACAGUGAAGGGACUGCGCUGGCACAGUCCCAUGCUGGAUGAUAUCUCGGGUGCGAAGAACUGGUUUAAGGUCGAGAGUGGUAUGAAGAAAAUGUUUGUCAAGGAGGUCCUGGGGAAGCUGCCCAUCAUGCAGCACUUCCUGUUUGGAAGCCUUCUUCCUGCUGCGGAAGGUAUGGGUGAACUCUCUGAGGAUGGGGCUGAUGAUCACGAUCAUGAUCAUGCUGGGCAUGACCACCCUCCUGGACAGGCGCACACCGACUACUUUGGAGACUGCUGUGGUAUCAAAGUCCCUAGUACAAUCGCCGCGGGCGCGGAGAUGCGCAAACGGAUGGGCGGGUCCGGGUUGCGUCCGAUCCCCUUCGAUUAA